UCCCGAUUCGUGAAUCUUGUGCUCUGCUUGCAGUUGUUUUGACUGUUUUUAACGUCUAAUUUUUCACAAAUAAUUUUCGAAAUGAGUCGCCGCAAGCGUGUGAAGGUCGACAACCGGGAUUUGGAUGAGAAAUUAAAACAAGAUGAUUCCGAGUCUGAUCAAUCUGAAAAGAGUAAAAUUACAUCUAUUAGCCCUACCACGGUCAGCAGUAGAAGAGAGUCUACUUCAAGCCGAAAUACAGACGGGAAAGAAACCAAGAAAGAUGAGAAACCGACGAUUAUAUUGGACGAAACCAAAAGUGAAGAUAUUGAGGAGAUUAAUUACAAAGAGAUGCUCAACAGUUUGGAAGGAGCAGCAUUCCAAUCAAGGCUGCCAUUUGACAAAAUGUCAUCUUUGGAAGCCGAGUGCUUCUCGGAUCUGCAAGGAGCCUGUAGCCAUGCAUUUGUUCAAAUCCGGAACAGAAUCCUAAAGAUGUGGUUUGAAGAUCCCAAGAAACAACUUAUUCAGGAACAUGCUGUUGCCAAAAUGGAACCCCCUUAUAAUGGAGACCCAGCUUUAAUCAUCAGGACACAUGCAUUCUUGGAGAGACAUGGUUUCAUAAACUAUGGAAUCUAUGAGCGGCUUACAGCAAUACCAUCACCUCCCAAAGGAAAGCAGAGGCCUAAAGUCAUCAUUAUUGGAGCAGGUGUUUCUGGUUUGGCAGCCGCUCGUCAGCUUCAGUCAUUUGGCUGUGAGGUAGUCGUACUGGAGGGCAGGGACCGCGUCGGCGGCCGCGUGGUCACUUAUAGGAAGGGACCGUAUGUUGCUGACUUGGGUGCCAUGGUUGUGACCGGUUUGGGCGGUAAUCCAGUGACGACAUUGUCAGUUCAGAUGAACAUGGAACUGCAUAAGAUCAAGCAGAAGUGUCCACUGUACGAGGCUACUGGCAAUCAAGUUCCGAAACAUAAAGAUGAAAUGGUUGAGCGCGAGUUUAACAGACUGCUUGAUGCUACAUCCUACCUCUCCCACCAAGUAGACUUUAACUACUACAAUGACACGCCCGUUUCACUAGGACAGGCUCUUGAGUGGGUCAUCAAACUGCAGCAGAAGAAUGUGAAACAUAAGCAGAUUCAACAGCUGAAAGCGGUUAUUACUCUACAGGAGAAGCUUAAGGCUAACAUAAAUAAAAUGUCUGACAUCCAAGAGUUACUCAAGUCAAUGAAGAUAGAAAAGGAAGCUCUUCUUGUAGAGAAAACCAAGUUGGCCGCUGGGGACGCUAGCAUCUUGCAAGAGUUCAACCUCCGCCGUCUCAACCGGGAGAUGAAACAGUUGUGUAAUGAGUACGACUCGCUGGUUACUCAGAAUCAGAGUAUUGAAGACAAGUUGACUCAGUUGGAGACCAAUCCACCAAGCUCCGUAUACUUGUCGGUACGAGAUCGCCAAAUCCUGGACUGGCAUUUCGCCAACCUCGAGUUCGCCAACGCCACGCCGCUGGGCAACUUGUCGCUGAAACACUGGGACCAGGACGACGACUUCGAGUUCACCGGCAACCAUCUAACAGUGCGCAACGGUUACUCGUGCGUCCCUGUGGCCCUCUCCGAGGGACUAGACAUCAGGCUGGGCACCGCAGUCACCGACAUCCAGUACGGCGGGCCCGGGGUCGUUGUCAAGGCCGUCAACCCCCGCCACCAGAGCCAACCCCAAGUCUUCAAGGGUGAUGUGGUUCUCUGCACUCUGCCUCUCGGAGUGUUGAAAGUGGCUGUGGCGAACAGCGGGCAAAACCAACAAAACUUCGUUAAUUUUGAUCCGCCAUUACCGGAUUGGAAGGUGGCAGCGAUCAAGCGCCUGGGUUACGGAAACCUCAACAAAGUAGUGCUAUGCUUCGAGAGAACAUUCUGGGACCCAAGCGCCAAUCUAUUUGGCCAUGUUGGCACUACAACAGCGAGCAGAGGCGAGCUGUUCCUCUUCUGGAACCUAUACAGCGCUCCGGUGCUGCUGGCGCUGGUGGCAGGUGAAGCGGCGGCGGUGAUGGAAAACGUGACGGAUGACGUCAUAGUCGGUCGGUGCAUCGCAGUUCUCAAGAGCAUCUUCGGACACGCGGCCGUGCCGCAGCCUAAGGAGUGUGUCGUCACCAGAUGGCGUGCGGACCCGUACGCGCGCGGCUCGUACAGCUUUGUGGCCGUCGGGUCCUCGGGCACAGACUACGACCUGCUCGCCGCGCCGGUGCCCGGGGCCACGCCGGGGGAGAACAGGCUCUUCUUUGCUGGUGAGCACACAAUGCGCAACUACCCCGCCACGGUGCACGGCGCGUUUCUGUCCGGGCUGCGCGAGGCGGGCCGUCUGGCCGACCUGCUACUUCCGCAGCCGCCAGUAACCAACGCGAGCGUUGCUGCUGCCACGGCCGCCGCGAACCAUUCCUGAGGUACGAGAACUGAAGCCGCGCGCGGAGCGGUAGAUCCACCGGUCACCAGCGCGAGCGCGGCUACCACUGCUGACCUGCCCGAACUCUUAACAGUGGCGCGUGGGAUCUUCGGACACACCCGUCAGCCACCAAAGUGAAUGUAGUAGUUUUCACGGCUGUCAUAAAUCACUCAUAUGCUGCCUAAACUCGAAUCAUAUCGUGUGCGGUAUCCUCCGCCAUACACGACUUCCACUAAUGACAGUGUGGCUGGUGCUAAAGCCGGAUCCAUUCAUUUUUAACCUGCCUGAACUUGGACACAUCUGUCAGCCACCAAAGUGAAGGUAGUUGUAACUACUGCCGCCACCAUCCGCUCUGGAACUAAAGCUGUGGCGAAAGUGGCAGGUCUUCUAUCACAAGUCACAGUGUUCAGUAAUCUCCAUAAAUGUGACUGCUGCUACUUCCGCCGUUCUUGAACUGAAGUCGUGGCAGAUCUUCUACCACACUUGAAACCCACCAACGCAAUCGUGACUCUCGCUGGUGAUACCGCCGCCGCCGCAAUGUCCUGAAAAAUAAACCACUGUGAGUUUCAUCUGUUCGAAUGACAAAUAGUGCCCGGGAAUCUGAUGAACUGAUGUUUCAUAUUUUAUGUUACAUUGUAGAAUAUAUAAGUAGAUAUAAUUAUUUGAAAAUUUAAGACUAGAACAUUAUUUUAGAAUGUAAAUUUGUUUUCAAUUUGUAAUCCUAACAGAAAUAAUUAAGUUUCGCUUUGUGAAAAACCAUCUUAUUUUUAUGUUAUUGAAUGAAAAUUGAUCCUGGGGUAAAAUAUUUUUUUGCAGAUUAAAUAAGUUUUCUAUUUGAAUAAUGAAUUAGAAAUAAGUUUAGUUAAUUUUGGUUUAACUGUAAUGUCAACAGUAGUAGGUAUGUUUUGCUCAGCUGUCAACUGCUUUGUAUUGUGUCAACUAACUUUAGGUUCACAUAAGCCUGUAUUUGGUAUUCGAUCAUCAUUAGAUAAGUGGGUAGUAUUAUAAUGUAAGUUACUAGUUAUAACUUAAUCUUUAGUUAUUUCAUUACUAUUCUCAUGAACUUUGUAGUAAUUUAUAUUUAUUAGUAUUUUUUUGUAUGUAAGUCGGAACUGUCAAGUUAGAUUGAAAUACAGCAAAAUAUUAUUUUGCUAUAUUUCAAUAUUUAGCAUAAAAA